GGAGUAUUAGGUUGUUUUAAAUUUAAAAUGCCAGUCCCGAACAGACUUCGUGACUUAAUUCGAAACAUCAGAAGUUGUAAAACUGCAGCUGAUGAGCGGGCUAUCAUACAAAAAGAAUGCGCCGAUAUCCGGAAUGGAUUUCGGGAAGAAGAUUCUGUUUUUAGAUGCAGAAAUGUUGCCAAAGUUCUUUAUAUUUAUAUGCUGGGCUAUCCUGCACAUUUCGGACAGCUUGAGGCAUUAAAGCUGAUCGUCAGCGGAAGAUUUACGGAUAAACGAAUUGGAUAUUUGGGAGCAAUGUUGCUUGUGGAUGAAUACAGAGAGGUUCAUCUUCUUAUGACAAACUCACUUAAAAAUGAUAUGGACAACCCGUCACAAUACGUACAAAGUCUUGCUCUGUGUACUCUUGGUAAUGUUUGUUCAACAGAGAUGGCAAGAGAUUUGACAUCCGAUGUGGAAAGAUUGUUGAAAACUGCAAAUGCUUAUGUUAAAAAGAAGGCAAUCUUAUGUGCUUGUCGAAUCGUAAGGAAAGUUCCUGAAAUGAUGGAAAAUUUUAUCCCCUUGACCAAACCAUUACUUGCAGAUAAGAACCACGGUGUGAUGCUUACUGCAGUAGCACUGAUCACGGAAUGUUGUCGGAAAAAUCCGCAAGUUCGAGCCAACUUCAAAAAGAAUUUUUCCCGUACUCGCGGUUGCUUUCAGCUCGUACCUACUCUCGUACGAAUCCUUAAGAACCUCAUCAUGUCCGGCUACUCACCUGAGCAUGAUGUGAACGGCAUCAGUGAUCCAUUUCUACAGGUUCGUAUCCUCCGUUUACUGCGAAUUCUUGGUCAAAACGACAGUGAAACGAGCGAAACAAUGAACGAUAUUCUUGCACAAGUCGCCACCAACACUGAAACGAGUAAAAAUGUUGGAAACGCCAUUUUAUACGAAACUGUUCUUACCAUCAUGGAUAUUAAGUCAGAAAGUGGAUUAAGGGUUCUUGCUGUUAACAUCCUUGGAAGAUUUCUGUUAAAUAACGAUAAAAAUAUAAGAUAUGUUGCACUUAAUUCAUUACUACGCACUGUACAUACUGACAUGACAGCCGUACAACGACACAGAACAACAGUUCUGGAUUGUCUUAAAGAUCCCGACCCUUCUAUUCUUAGGCGAGCAAUGGAGUUAUGUUUUGCAUUAGUGAACCACAGUAACGUGCGAGGUACUAUGAGAGAACUGCUCUCAUUCCUAUCAAGAUGUCCGUUAGAUUUCAAGUCUGAUUGUUCUUCUGGGAUCUUCACAGCUGCCGAGAAAUACACACCAAACGCACGUUGGCACAUCGAUACUAUGCUCAAAGUUUUAACAACGGCUGGAAACUAUGUUCGUGAUGAUGCGGUUCCCAACCUUAUUCAUCUCUUAUCAGCCAAUGAUAAGAUGCAUGCUUACUCAGCUCAGCAGUUGUAUAAAGCUAUGCUUGAUGUUGAUGACAUGUCAGUGCAACCUCUUACACAGGUGGCGUGUUGGUGUUUGGGUGAGCAUGGAGAUGAACUUGUUAGUGGAUCUAAUGUUGAAGAUGAACCAAUUAAUGUAAAUGAAAGUGAUGUUUUGAACUUACUUGAUAAAGCAUUGAAGUCAUCUCUCACAAACCCAGUCACCAAAUCUUAUGCAAUAAAUGCUGUUAUGAAGCUCAGCACUCGAUUCUCGGGAUACAACAGUCAAGCACAGCAGAUAGUAAGCAUUCAUUCCACCUCUCAUGACAUGGAAGUCCAGCAACGAUCCGUUGAAUACAACGUUUUAUUCAACCAGCAUGAUAACUUACGUCCUGGUUUGUUGGAACACAUGCCACAGUUUGAGAAGCAAGUCACCACCACUAAUGGUGAAGAGGGAGGCGAACAAUUGGAAUCACAAACAGUUGAAAGUGUUCAACAACCCGCAAGUGUUGCGCAACCAGAACCACAACAGCAAAGCAAUGUUGAUCUGCUGCUCGAUCUUGUUGAUUUUGGUUCAAGCAACAACAAUCAACAACAACAACAACAAGCAGCUCCUGUUGUUCCCAGCAAUGACAUCAACAGUUUGUUGGAUCUUGGUUUUUCAAUGCAACCACAAACCACACAACCAGCACCACCAGCUGUAAAUGGUUUUAACAACCAACCAAAUGUAAACAACCUAAUGGGCGGUUCAUUGCUCGACGGAUUUCAAUCCCCAGCACCUGUCAUCAACAACAUGCAAAAGCCAGUUAUAACUGGCGUUACAGCAUUUGAAAAAUCUGGACUCUUGAUAAAGUUUCAGUUUGAGCGAGAUGGUAACAUACUUAAUGUGAUGUUAUCUGCAUCCAAUUCCAAUGCACAGGAUCUGAAUGAAUUUAUUUUUCAAGCUGCUGUACCAAAGUCACUACAGCUUCAAAUGCUGCCUCCUAGUGGAAAUUUGGUUGGUAUGAACAACAGCAACGUUCUAACGCAAACGAUUAAGUUAAAUAAUCCUAAUAAGGCACAGCCUAGACUACGCAUGAGGAUAUCAUACAACUAUCAAGGCCAAUCAGUUCAAGAAAUGGGCGAAUUUAAUGAUUUUCCACCAGCGACUUGGCAGUGAAAUGCUACAGCUCUUAGAACAAUCAUAUAUUUAGUGUAACAAAGUCUUAAUUCCCAGUGAAAGUGCAGCCGCACGCGUGAUAAAGUGCACUUGCUUGUGUAAAACUACUGCAACUAACUUGACUUAUUUCCAACUUGCCUAGUAAUGGCCACAGCAAAUAUAAGUGGCAAUAGGUUAGUAAACAUUCUAUAUAUCUAGUGUCCUUUUCAGUUAUUGCAGCUUGGUAGUUGCAAAUCAGUCAUUGAUUAAAACUUUUAUGUAAUGGAAGUUGAAUAUAAUGCAAUGGGUUUACAAUGGUUGUGGUAAAGAUAGUGAAAGUAGCACUUGAUGUAAAUGGUACUACUUUUAUAGAACAACAUCAACAAUACUCAAUAUUUAACCUUUACUUCUAUUCAAAGUUGUGUUUUAGUUCUUAGUAUUUAUACUAUUCAUCAUGGGUUAUAAUAUCAUUCAGUAGGCUGAGUAGUCAUUGAAUUGCAACCAUCUAUGCCUGUGCAUUAGACUUUCAACCUUACACUUAGAAACCUGGAACUAAUUUCCAUCUGUUUUAUAUCGAAAAUUGUGUGACAUAUUUCUUUCUUUUGACUGUUUGCUGGGAAUCUUGUACAAAUCUACAUAUAUGUAGCUAUUCUAAUUUUCACAAUUGUUUUUAAAUGUCCUUAUCAUGUUAUGCUCACCACAUAUUAAAUUUCUUGAAAAGCUUCAUUUAAAUAUUUUGAAAUAAGUAGAAUAUAUUGUGAUAAUGGCAAACAUAUAUGUCUGUUAAAUUAUUAUGUGUAAAACAGCCAAUACAAUGUGCCCGAAAAGACAA